AUGAUUCUAAAACUUUUUAUUAUUCCAUGGAUUUGGGCCCGUGCUCAAAACGUUCAAAGUAAUCCUGCAGCUGUUGCACCGCCUCCAACAGCUCCAAAUGCUCAAUUCGUCGACAUUCCCUUCUAUCAAUUUCUGCAACGACAGAAUCAAAUAAACAAUGCGAUCUUAUUAAAUAAUGCUAUGCUGGCGAAUUCAUUAACUGCAAUUCCACCGAAUGAACAUCAAAUGCAAAUCGCGAACACGCUACAAUUCCCGAAUGCUGCCGUUGCUUUGCCGGCAAAUCAUGCAGCACUUUUUCCGAAUUUUCAACCUAAGCUUGCCGCAGUCCCUACUGCAGGUUUGAAUCGAUUGGGCAUCUACGACGUUCUCAACCGUCCCGUGAAAUUUGAACCAAUGUCGAACAUGUUGGUUCCCGCGCAGGUUUCUUCUAGCACCACUACACAAGCUCCGCCUACUAAGAAAACAACAGUCCUCCCCGAAAGUGAAGGAUCCAAUAAGGAGGAAAUCCAGGAGCCCGAUCCGAUUCCCAUAGGAGUAUCGGAACCGGAUGAUAUUACGAAGAAGGUGAUCGACUUGUCAGUUGCAUCUCGUCAGAAAGCAACAACCCGGACCACGGAAAUUCCUUCACUCACGGAAUUAAUUGAGGAGAUUGGCGAGGAGAACUUGAUCACUACCACAACGGAGAAGGCGAUUGACGUGAUUUCAACGAAGAAACCCAAACCGGAUGUUUACAAUAUUCUGAAGACUUUGAAUUUGACCGAUGAGGAGACGAAUGACCUCGUGAGCCACGUCGAAAAAGUGGUGCGAGAGGAAUUAGUGCGGAAGCUGUCUGAAGCACGAAUUAUCGAUCGAACCACAACUACCGAAAAGUUGGCAACUACAGUUCCCACUACCGAAGCUGGUCUGUUAGUGACAACAACAGCCGAAUCGGAGGAAUUUGAAGAGCCUAUAAAGAUCCCGUUACGGAGAACGAAACCCGAAAAGGAACUUUUGUUCUACAUUCCACAGAAAAAGCCGAAAGCUGAGAUUAAACACCAUCCCCAACGUCUUAGCGCAGAGGAAAGACCAGAAUUUGUCGAGGCUGAAAUUCUCACAUCACAAAUGCAUCUACCAAUUCAGGAAAAAAUUGAGGAUGAGAAAAAUGAUGAGGAUGCAGUUGAAACAACUGGCAAGUUUCAUUUCUGA